AGAGGGAGAAUACGAAGACGAAACUCUGAGGAUCAUCCAUGGAGUCAAUUGAUGGAUUAACCUCAACCAAUUAUAAGGCGGGAUCUGUCUCAAGCCUCCAAAAGGCCAUUUCAUCCGUGUUUUCUCGGUGGGAUGGCCUUCAAAUGGCCAUUGAAAAUCAAUGGGGAGGUCGCGAUUCUCACCAGAAAUCUCUGAAUCUCGCCUCUGAUGUCUUCGCUUGGUUCUCUCAAUCCAAACCUCCUUUAUACGUGGAAGAUCUGGAAACUUUGCUCCAUGAAACCCUGUUGCUUUCCUUCAACACCGAGAUUGAAGAUGGGAGCAUCGAACAGGUAGCAGAACAAUUGAUGAUGAUAUACGAAGAAAAUUUGGUGGGAAGUCGUUAGAGAAAUGUAGAAUCGGAUUGUUCAUAUGAGAAAUUAAACCAGCACCGGAUUUGUCAUGGCUUCCAGGCAGGGAUAGAAUUGUAGUUGCUGCCAUCGGCCUGACGAUAAAUCUUAUAUGAAUUGUUAUUGUUACCAAUACAAAUUCAGUACUCAAAAUUUGUAACUGGUUGGACUUAGAUCCUCUUAGUUUGAUUUCUCAAACCAAAAAAAAAAAAAAAGGAAAAUCUUCUUUUGUCUCUCAAGAUGCAUUUUGAA